AUGAACGAGUCUCUACCUACUACUGUGCGCUGGAUCCCAGAUGCAGCAGUAAGCGUAUGCUUCAGCUGUCAACUGAUUUUUGACUGGAUGCGCCGUAAACACCAUUGCCGCUACUGUGGCCACGUUUUCUGUGAUCUAUGCACGCCACAGCGCAGUCUAAUACAAGAAGAUCUGAUUCUUACGGAUCCAGAGCACAAGUACCUGGCAGUGAAUGCUCAUAAUCCGCAGCGUGUGUGCGACAAGUGCCACGCGCGACUUGAUCCGCAGCAGGAAGAGCUUCGUCUGACAAUGAGCCACGCUGUACAACAGACGGAGGUGAAGGAGUCGGGACCCCAGAGAUUCUUUAACAGUCCUUACUCUUUUACAAUGAAGGAGGAGAUUCGCAAGGCUACGUAUAGUAUCAAGAACUUUACCUAUCAAGGAGUCGUGAAGGACCAGUCGAUCCCACUACCGCUGCUCACUCAUGCCAAGGGCAUCGCAUUCUUAACGGUGAUCAAGAUGGGGUUUGUUUUCACGGGACGUAUGGGAACAGGACUUGUAGUCGCGAGGCUGUCUGAUGGGAGGUGGUCGGCGCCAUCAGCUAUUGGUACGGCCGGGGUAGGCUGGGGUCCGCAGAUAGGUGGAGAGAUCAUGGAUUUUGUGAUCAUCCUAAACACUCAACGUGCUGUCGAGGCCUUUUGUGCAUCUGGUCAAGUUAAUCUAGGCGCUGAGCUGGGUAUUUCUGCGGGACCUGUUGGCCGCGUGGCCUCGGGAGCGCUGGAGGCCAGUGCUGCCUCGAUGGACGUGAUACCGUGCUACUCGUACUCGCACUCAAAGGGCCUGUAUGCUGGCAUCUCGCUCGAGGGUUCUGUGAUCCUCUCGAGAUCAGAUAUUAACCAUUCAUUCUAUGGAAAGGCCGUCCCUAUUUCUGAUCUACUUGGAGGUAUUGAGCCAUCUCCUAUAGCUGCUGCGCCGCUGUAUAACGCUAUCCUUGCAGCGACGGAAAGUCCGACGAAUGCUACUAACGGUGUUGGGCGCAGCUCAUCAGUCUCGACUCAACAGUAUCAACCUACAGCAUCAGGAGUAGACAGGAUACCAGCAUCUACGGACAGCAAAUUGUUCAGUAACGCUCCCGUCAAAUUAUAA